AUGGCCGCGCGAGGCACCUCCAGCACAAGACACAGGUACCUCAUGGAAUUUCUGGAGAUCGGAGGCCUCAUCCACAAUGCCACGAUAAAGACGGUGAACGUGGAGCGCUGCUCCGUGUCCGUGGAGUGGUCCGAGGGUGGCGCCGUCAAGGGCAAGGAGAUUGAGAUUGACGAUGUGAUCACAAUAAAUCCUGAGUUAGCAGAAGAAAUACCUGCUGCAGAUGUGAAAGAAAACCUUCCCCUGCAAGAGAAUAUAACUGUACAGAAACAGAAACGUAGAACAACCCUUUCAAAAAUUCCUGCUCCGCGUGAAGGUGAGAAAAUAUUCUUUCCUCUGCUAUAACCACGUGAAAUAGAGGUGGUCUUCAGUUUUAGCCAUAGUGUUGUAGCUUAAUAUGUCUUCAGGCUGCUUGGUUGGGCACCCUAAUGAGUGAGCAUUCUGACCAUACUGGUUCAUAUAAACACUUCGGACUCCUGAGUGCAGACCCUUGCCAGCAGAUUGCUGUCUUGUUCCUGUGAGCUAGGGUUUGUUGAUGUGUUGCCCUUUGCUACAGCAUUGCUGUAGUUCUUUGUUUGACACUGUUCUAAAUGUCACUAGGCAGUUUCUGUUGCAAUGAGUUGUAAAAUUUCAUGUGGAGUUUGGCUAAUGCCGCAAACAACAAAAGGUAAGUGACAGUAAGAUUAAAAAGAAGUGUCAAAAUGAGAGUGGAAAGGGCAAAAAGAAAUAGCCAUGACAAAUGAUUGUCUCCUCUUCAAACAGUCCUUCUAGUCAAUAACUAGAGCUUUAUUUCUGGAGGCACUUCAGACUAGGCAGCCAAAGUGCUAGCUGGUGUGCUGUAGCUCACUGAUUGUCUGACAGGAAAAUAGUUUGAGCAAAGCCAGCACAGAAGGCAGAGACAUCUGAAAGCGUGGGAUUGCUGAGGAAUUGCUUUCCUUGAGGUGUCAGGAGUUAGAAAACGCCCAUCUUCUGUCUUCUGUUAGCUUUUUAGUUGACUCUCUUGGCUUUUUGAGAGUUGAAAGUAGCAGCAUUACAGAUCUAUUUGUAAUACAGUUGAGUGACGCUGACGUUUAGCGGUUGCAGAUAUGAUUCUCUUACAGUGUAUCGCUUGCCAGAACCUGUUCUUUUCCAUACAAUUGAUCUGUAACUGCUGGUUUUGUCUGACCCUUCUUGUAUGUGAUGUAUCUGAGAGACAGGAGUAGUUUGAGAAACUUGAUCUGUCAAACAUAAUUCUAUACUAAAUCAUCUUGAUCUUCCUCAGAUCCAGAAAAUUCUCUAUAAACUUUGUGAACUGGCUAGAAAAGUGGUGUGGUAAAGUAGUGACUAUCUGUGGACAGGUCAGUUGAUGGAACUG